AUGUCGACCUUUAAUGGGGUCCUUGCAGAGUUCCCGGACAUCCAGAUCGACUACUUCCGGAAGAGCGAUGAUCGUCCUCCACCUCUGGCUUGCUUCCUGACCCAUGUGCACACCGAUCAUCUCCAGGGUCUCGAGUCCUUCCGGGCGCCUUUCAUCUACUGUUCUCCGACCACGCGCGAGCUACUGUUGCGCCUUGAGCGGUUUCCUCAUCGCAUCAAUUUUCAGCAGGGCAUUCUUGAAGCACGCGAGGUUACCUACAAACAUCUCAACAAGCUGCUGCGCCCUAUCCCGUUGAACACCCCAACGGAGAUUGAACUCACCCCGAUCAAAAAGAUUCGCGUGACUCUGAUCGAUGCCAACCAUUGCCCUGGAAGUGUCAUGUUCCUAAUUGAGGGCAAUGGCAAAUCAAUUCUCUACACCGGCGACAUCCGAGCGGAGAAAUGGUGGGUCGAUAGCCUGAUCCGCAAUCCGUUUCUGAUUCCAUACACUCUGGCCGGCAAACAGCUCGAUAACCUGUAUCUUGACACCACGUACCUACGUCAUGCGGGCAUACCCCCGGAGAAGUUCAGCUCCAAGGCCGAGGGGAUUGCAGAGCUCUUGGAAAGGGUACAGCGCUUUCCUCCGGAAACGGUUUUCCACCUCGGAGCCUGGACGUUCGGCUAUGAAGAGGUCUGGCUGGCCCUUGCUGCCGCGCUGAGAACAAAGGUCCAUCCUGAUGCGUAUCAAUUGGCGCUUUAUCAGUCCCUUGGUCAGGCCAACAGAGGAAUCGACGAGUCUGCAGCCUACAAUGGCUUCGAACUGGGCAACAAAAUCAUUCCAGGCUGCCUUACUAGCGACAUGUGCAACGCUCGUAUUCACCUAUGUGUGCCUCCAUGCCCUAUCGCCUGUGAAAGCAGUACUGUCUACAUCAAGCCAUUCCUGGGCCGUGAGGAGGACGGUUUCGAAGUACCUGAUAUGGGUGAGGGUGGCGGCUCGGGCGAUGUGUACCUGCGACAAGAACUUGUUUUGCCGCCAGACCUCCGGUUCUUUCACCUCGUGAACCAUUGCACUGCCCGUAUGGAGAUCUUUGGCCCCGAGGAUAAGGCUGCUGUAAAAUCGAGGUUACUCGAGGACCUCUAUGCCCAUGGGGGCAGACUCUCGAUCAGCAAGUAUGGUAUCUCCCUUGAAGAUAAUCUCCCCCUCGAUGCCUUUCUAGGUGUUCUUGCACGCCAAGUCCUCGCGUACGAUGGGACCAUGCACACAGACGACGCAAAAGAUGUCCUAGGCAACCCUCGCCGCAAAAUUAUCCGGUUUCCCUACGCUCGGCACUCCUCGUAUUCAGAGUUGUGUCAUCUGAUUAGUGUCUUCAGACCCAACGAUAUUCAUGCCUGCGUGGUACACGACCGCGACAUCUUGGGAGGGAAGGCUCUUGUCGACGAAUUUUUUGGCCACCUGCUGACCAGUCAUGCCGGUGACGCUGAGGUCCUCGAGCACCGCAAGGAUCAAGUUGCGGAGGCAGAAGAAGUUUGGCGGGCCGCAUCAUCAGUCCGACAGAAUCUUCAGGAAAAUGAAUUCCCAGAGCCUGAUCCAAUUGUCGAUCCCCCUGUGAGCCCGCGCUCUUUCGCUAGAGUGGAUAGAAUGGGUUACGAGCUGAUCCGGGAGCUUAAAGAAAACUGGCUUCUUCUCGCAAACGUCGAGCACGACUUUUCGUCGCUCCCAAUUGCGGAGGAGACGGGCAUAACUAACAGGCUGCUUCAGCUUAUUGAUCCGCCCACUCCUGGUAUGGUCAAAGAAAAGCGCGACGAGAUCGAACGUGCCCAUGAAUAUCUCGCGAAACGGUCUGAUCUGAUGGAGAUGGAAGUCGGACCCCUUCCUCCUGCUAUGUUUAGAGGCCUGGACGGGGCAGACGGUGCAGACGUCCCAGAUCCAAAUCAAAAGACGGAGAAGAAAAAGAGCGAGAAGAAGGCAGAAGUGAAUCCCGAGGGCAACAAGUCCCAUAGACAAGGACCUCCGACCGUUCCUAUCAGACGCCCAACUACUGGAGCUGCGCAAGCCUACGGAUCCCAGGCCUACGGAACACAUGCCUAUGGAGAACAAACCUAUGGAGAACAAACCUAUGGAGCACAAGCCCACGGAGCCCAGGCCUAUGGAGCCCAGGCCUAUGGAGCCCAGGCCUAUGGAGCACAUGCCUAUGGAGCCCAGGCCUACAGAGCCUCAUCCUCGAAUGCCCAAUCCCCCACCGAGCCGGCCAUGGCUACUCGAGAGAGGCAAACCUCGAUCCCCGAGUCCGUCUUGGCCCCUUCUUUGUCAUCGUCGAGAUACGUUCACCCGAGGUCUGGUAAUUUGACUCGUGAGCGACUGGAAGUGCUCAACAUUAUCCAGCGGAGGGAGAUGUCCGCUGCACAGCAGCGACACGCUCGAAUCGAGGCAUAUCUUGCCGCCAUCGAAGACAGCUACUCGGCCUGGGCCGGUAGGCUUACCUCGGCUGGUGACAACCAUGGUGAGGAAGAGAUGGAGCUGUGA